AGAGAAGUAAACAAAUGGAGUUACUUGUUUUUGUGUUGUUUUCUUUUUUAUUAUUGCAUUUGUUUUGUUGCAUUUCUUCAACAUUUAAGUUCUACACCAAAUUAGUAUGCUAUUAUCUAGUGCUGAUUAUUGUCCCAUCAGUGACAAUUCCACUGUCUAUAUUUCGUCCUGGAGACCCGAAGAAUAUUCUAUAUAACUCAUGGGUGGUUCAUCAUAUCGUGGUCCCCUUGUUUGGUGUCAACUGGAAAGUUCGAAAUGAAGAGCGACUGAAAACAAAAGAACCUUGUAUUCUAGUCUGCAAUCACCAAAGCUCUUUGGAUAUACUGGGCAUGAUGUACAUUUGGCCUCUGUUAAGUCCUUGUAUUGCUGUCCUGAAGAGGGAGUUGCUGUUUACGGGUCCAUUUGGGAUUGUAUCUUGGUUAGCUGGCUUCAUUUUUCUUGAUCGCUGCAACUCGGAGGAUGCUCGUAACACACUUAACACAAAAGUGAAAGAAGUGAAAGAAAAACGGGUGAAAAUGUGGAUUUUCCCUGAAGGUACAAGAAAUGACAACUCAACCUUGCUACCAUUCAAAAAAGGAGCGUUUCAUAUUGCUGUACAAGCUCAGGUUCCAAUUAUUCCGGUUGUCUUUUCGUCAUACUCGAGCUUCUACAAAGUUUGUGAGAAAAAGUUUGACACAGGUACAGUUGUGGUUAACAUUUUGCCUCCUGUCUAUACUGAUGGUUUGACAACUCAAGACAUUCCAGAACUGAUGAAGAAUGUACGAUCAUCUAUGUUAAAUGUUUUGACUCUUGGCGCGAACUAUAACCCUACCAAAGAAUAUGUUAAACACAUUGACAUCGCAGAAAGUUAAUCACUAAGAUCUGAACAAGGCCAGUAUAUGCUUUAAUAUCAAAACACUUAUAUCUCUGUCGUGACAGGAAGUGAGUGUGAUUAAUUUAGUCCAGGUUAAUCUAGUCAAGUUUAAUUAGUGGGUUCUAAAAUUACUAGAAUUUACUUGUAAUAUUUAAGUGUUCAAAAAGAAAGUUCCAAAGUUUCCUGCCAGUGUGUAUGUAGUUUAAAAUUGUGUUGUUUAUUUAAUGAUGGAUUUACUCUAGCAGUUUGUUUUAUAUCUU